CGGAUAAUUUAAACCCGGAAUUAUCAAAAGCUUUCUUUAGCCCCACGAAAAAAAUGUCUGCUCCAAAGAUUUGUUCCAAAACUCUUAAGCUUAACACCGGAGCUCAAAUCCCAGCUGUCGGGUUGGGAACCUGGAAGAGUACAGAUGAAGAGUGCUACGAUGCCGUCAUGGCGGCAUUGAAGUCUGGUUACACACACAUCGAUACUGCUAGGAUUUACGGCAACGAAGCAGCAGUAGGUAAGGCCAUCAACGAUUUUCUCAAGGAAACAGGAACCCCAAGAGAAAAGCUAUUUAUCACCACUAAAUUGUGGUGCAUUGAUUGCAAGCAUCCAGAAAAAGCCUUGAAGGAAUCUUUGGCAAGGUUAAACCUGAACUACGUCGAUCUCUAUCUUCAGCACUGGCCAGUUGCAAUACCACCUGGUGAUGAAUUGAUGCCCACUGAUGAGAAUGGUUUCCGCAAAGUUUUACCCUUUGAGGAGUGGAACUACAUUGACACAUACAAAGGCAUGCAACCGCUAAUAGAAUUGGGUUUAACCAAAGCCAUUGGCAUUUCAAACUACACUAUCCCUAAGAUUGAAAAGUUGCUAAACGAUCCCGAGAUUACUAUUGUCCCAGCAUGCAACCAAGUUGAAAUGCAUCCUUGCUUGCCCCAGGACGAUCUUCUCACGUAUUGCACCGAGAAAAACAUUGUUGUCCAGUGCUACUCCCCAUUGGGAUCCACAGGUGCCCCAGUUUUAGAAAACGAAACACUCAAGUCCAUCGCUGAGAAAAAAGGUGUUGCACCUGCAUGUAUCGCUCUUUCCUGGGGAGUUGCCAGGAACACGGUGGUCUUACCAAAAUCAGUCAAUCCGAAGAGAAUUGCCUCAAACGUAGAAGUCAUUGACCUCUCCGCCGAAGAGGUUAAAGCCAUCGAAAAGAUUGGCGUUGAAUCUCCAAGAAGAGUCUGCGAUCCAAAAUGGGGUACAAAAAUUAACGUUUUCGCAGAUAGUGACCGCUAUUAAAAAGCUCAAAAGUAAAUCUGGUAUACAAGUUUUCAUUAUAAUUACAUUAUUGUUGUUUAAUAACUUGACUCUAAUUUUUCCUGUAAAAAUCUUCUCGACUCAGAUCUUUUACCUAAGAAGUUGUCCAGCUGAUUCAUUUUCACGUCAAUAUUAUCAAGUAAGUUUUGAUAAAAAUCCUUUCCCUGAAUGAGGUUGCCUACGA